UCAGAACGGCUUGGAUCACAACAAAAUCAAAUGAGGAAGGAAAUAUUACAAAGGCCACGUGAGACAGGAGCCAGAAAGAUUGAAGACUGCAGUCAACUUGCCAAUAAGGCUUUCAUUCCGGCAGAAGACCAAAAACUUUGCGAGAUAGGUCCUGAAAAAACGGAUAUUGAAAGAGUAUUACCCAAUGAUUUGAAUAGUUUAGAAGAGUUUAAAAACAUGCAAGAUGAUGAAUAUAUUGGUUUUUGUGUAAGCAAAUUUCCAAUGCCGGUGAUAUAUUCUAAGUAUGAUGACACAGAACUAAAAACUAUUGAAGAAGUGAAGACUGUCCCUUCUGAAAAAAGGCACUGCCAACAGUAUCACAAAAACUCGAUCAGCAUAGAUAGCAGCUAUCCAGAUGACAGCGUUAGUGUUGAUAGUCGACUGAAGAGAUCGUUUUCCUUUUCUUCCGAUACUAGUUCAUUUAAAGAAGAAGGGACAAUUCGUGAUUUAGUUCACCAUGAUGUAACAGCGUUUAAAUCCACAGAGUUACCACCACCAGAACUGGCAGUGUCUUCAAAAUUUGAACCCUUAAUAAACUUUAUAAAACUUAUGCAGCAAGAUGUUGCACGCAUAAAACGUCUUCAGAAAGCAGCAGAUCUUCCACCAAAUAAAUAUUCGGGAUUCCGGGGGUCACUGGCUCGAGCCCUGCUGCGGGCUACUUUUUUUCCUUUUUUAAAGUCAUACUGAUCAUCCAGACAACAGGGCUUACUUAUCCAGUAAUAUUCAUUGCCUUGGCUAACAUCAAUAUGUUCAGGAAGCUCACUUGCCUCUCAAUCCCAGAUUUGCAACUUAAAAUGGCAGAAUCAGUUGAAGAAGAUUCUGAACCCUCACAUCUGCUUCCCAAAAGAGAAAGUAUUCAAGUUAUACAUGCAGCUAGGAAUCUUUCAGAAAGAAAUGUAAAUGUUGUUUCUCAAUUUACACAAUUUGAUUUUAAUGAGACUGGUUCCGUGCAUCGUAUGUUAAAUAUGCCAAGGCACGAGAUGUCUUUACAAAUGAAAUGGUUACCUAUAAACUGCUUUAUACAAUCCCCACGUAAAAAAAUAGAAGUACAAACAACACAGAUUGAAAUAUUGCCAACAAUUAGAGAUAUGAAUAUUGCAGAAAGAAUUAACGAUUGUGUAAUGCAGAAUGUAAUCUCAAAUCAACCAGUUCCUGUGCAUCAUAUGUUGAAAGUGCCAAGGGAGACUGCGUUUUUGCACGUGCCAAUACCAUUUGAACUUAUGGAAUGGGUUUGCCACUCAAUAAGGAUUUGUUCGUUGGAAGACACUAAACUAAAAACGACCAUAGACGUUUUGGAAAAAUGGGAAUACUUAAAUGUGGCUAUCACAAAAUGUAGCCAAGCUGUACAUGACAUACUGGUAGGAUCGACCCAGAAUUUUAACAUGAUGUUUGUAGAUAGUGUACAAACGUCAUUGGCGUCUACCGCUUGUAAUAAAGUUAGUGAUCUAACUGGGAAAUUGACAUUGAACAUUGUGCAUUCAUUGAAUGAAUAUUGUUUUUCUUUUAAUUACUAUUCUAAACUACAUGUAUCUCAUACACGUACUAGACUUGCUGAUUGUGGACUUCAUGCUUACAGACUAUUAAUAGAGCAUGAGGUGGAUAAUUUGUUGGAUACUAUUACAGUCAAUGCAGAUGCAUUUUGCCAAUCAAACAGAGCAAACAUAGUAUUUGAAUUCAAUUGCACACUACACCACUGCAAUAGUCCAUUGCCUGGAUGUUGCACACUAAAACACUGCAAUAGUCCAUUGCCUGAAUGUUGCACACUACAACACUGCGAUAGUCCAUUGCCUGGACGUUGCACAUUACAACACAACAAUCGUUCAUUGCCUGGAUGUUAUGAUAAAACAAGUGUCAACAAAUAUGUUACUAGUAAUAAGGUAAAGUCUUUAAGAGGAGACAGUUUUAUUGUAAAGAUAAGCAAUACAUCACAGAAACCUUUUGGAAAUGGUCUAGAUCAUUUGGAAACCAUACAUAGUGAAGAACAGCAUGGGGGUCUACCAAACCGUGUGCAAGAUAAAUUUCAGGUACGUGACAGUGAAGACAGUAUAGAAACUGAUCAAGAUCAAACAAUUAGGUUAACAAUAGAUCAUACCUCAAGAAUUGAUGACAAUGGACCGGUUCACAAUGAUCAUAAUACUUUGGAUGACAAUAAUGUGUGUUGUCAAGAAAAUAAAGAAGGGUUUUCUGCUAAAUCUUCGAGCUCACCUUUAUUUAGAGAAAAUUCAUUGAAUGAAAGGAACAAGAAGAAAAAACGAAGAAAGGAAAGGCAGAAAGCAGGUACACUGUUUGACUCUCCUCUUAGUAUGCAUUCUGUAUGCAUGGUUUAUUCAACAGAUACCUCUUUUGAGAGAAGUGUUGAUAAAAACUCAAAUAAACUGCACAAAUCAGUGAAGCUUAAGUCUAAGAAAUUGCAUGUGAUAAGGCGGCAUAACUCUGACAAAGAUAUUAAAAAAGGUCACAGAAAUGUAAAUUAUGACCGUGAACAUAUUGUCAAAAAGAAAACAUUUAAAAUGGAUAAAACUAGGAUAAAAACGCGGUGUGAUAUCCUCCAAACAAUGACUGGCAGUGGGUCUAUGAGAAAGCCCAUGGGUGAUAACUUAUCCAAACAAACUUUUAUUCGAAGGGAGCUUCAUAGUGACGAUUCUGGAAUAAUGACUCAAACAAGCACAGAUUCAGACUCAUGGAUUUCUUGGGGAACUAUUCUUAGGGCAUAUUGUGACGAAACACAACAACAAUUACAGCAAAUAGCAAAAGAUGUUGCUCAGAGAUUUUAUUUAGAUAAUGAUAAUCAGUUGCACCAAACUGUAAUUGUAAAUGGACUUAGGUCUUUCUUUAAUAGAGUGAACACUGGAGUACCAUUGACGCAUGAGGAAGAAUUACAGUUUGAAUGGCUGAGGUUCAUAACGUUCCACAAUUAUGAAGGUGAAGGAAAUAGCAUUGCACUAGCUAGAAAUGGUUUCUAUCAUGAUCACGAUCAAGGUCCGAAUGCAACUAGAUGCUUUGCAUGUGAUAUAGUGCAUGAGGAAUGGACAUUAUUAGACAAUGUGGAACAUACCCAUCGGAGAUUAUCUCCAAACUGCCCCCUUCUUCAUAACAAUAGUGGUGAGGGUACGCGUAGGAAUAUCUCCAUAGCGGCAGACGAUGGGCCACAGAGAGUUGCUAGCACUGUCAUUGAGAAUGUGAAUGUUCGAGAUGCCUCUGGUGUAUCCCAGUCUCCCACUGCAACCAGUACCGCACGACCGACCCAAUCCAGUUCCGUAUCUCAGGCGACCGCGUCUGCUUCCAUUUUCCCUCAUGAUCGCAGCCCUGCAAUCUUCAACCCGCCAACACCCGAGACUAUUCGGCAGUUGGAUGCUGCUGCAGCUUCUCGUAGGAAUACAUCACCAACAUCAACCACAUCAAGCACUCUGAACCCUGUGUCUACACUUACAGAACGCAUUGGAAAUGCACAGAUAAGGAAGACUCAAGACGGUACGAAUACUAUAGCAUCACAGCCGUGUCAUGACCCUGAAAACAUGGAGUACGAAGGUUUCGGCCUCAUUAACUUGGACAGUCGUGAUCUCAGUAUUGAUGGACAACUUAUACCUCCGCAUCAUCCUCCAGACGAUGUUAUAUCACUUGCUGCACACAGAGUGGGCCUUCUUCAUAUGACGGUUGGACGAACUCGACCCUUAACAGAUUGGCCGGUACCAAACUUGCCAACAGGGCCGGAUUAAGCUGUUUUCGGGCCCAGGGCUUCAUAUGUUACGGGGCCCCCCUUCCCUCAGGCCCAUUCUGUAAAUUGAAAAUCAUACUUGAUACUACAACUACAAAGAUCAGAAAACUUGCAUUUGUACACAGUUUACAGUUGCAUUAUAUAUAAAGCAUAACAAGCUCAACAAUGAAUAACCAUUAUUAACUGAACUUGUCAUACAUGUAACAUGAAACAGAAUCCAACCUAUAAGUCUCUUUUACGUCACUUGAGCUGGUCAAAGUCAUCGAUCAACUGUGUGACGUCUAGUUCUCGGAGGAUUUGACAUUCAGUAGACAGUUGACCAAUUAUGUUAACCUUUCCUGAUUCAUGGUGCUCCAUAGAUAGUUUUUCAUGCGUGAUAAUGUUGGAAAUGACCUCUUACCUUUACGGUACAACUGGAAUUAUUCGUAAAGCAAUGGAAAAACGUUUGCAAUACUUGUCUGUAGUUGACCUCCACCAAACUCAGACAUUAUCCGACACAAUACAGUUUUCCGUUUGUGGAUCUUAACCUUAACUUUGAACACCGAGCGGGGAAUAUGUGUAAGAGAUGAACCACUCGAGGUCAAAACUGUGCACAGCAACUAACAGAUCACCGCAUAGUCCCUGUUUAAUCUCUUUGGAACGCUCAGAACGUGAAUGUGAUGGGCAUAUAUAUGGACAAUGGAGUAGGACCAAUACAGGUAUAUUUUUGUUGAAAUUAAAGCCGUUUUGUAUAAAUAAAUGUAAACUACCAAAAAAUGCCCCCCACCAUUUAAGGAGUUAAGUGUUUUGGUUCUUAUCAUAGCAUUGAUUAUGUGCUCAUAUUUUUUAUAGUGCACUAUUAUAAUUUAUUAUUACAAUUAUUAAUAUAUAUAUU